AGUGCCGGGCCCUCGGCGGGACUCGGACUCACCUCCAGGAUCUGGACCAGAAUCUGGAUGUAGAUGCCGGUCACACCCAGCGACAGGCCAAACAUGGCUGGCAGCAUGAUCAGAACCAGGACCACGAAGACCCACACCUGGAACACACCUGAGGCCAGACGCCACAGUUCCUCCAUGGUCGCCUGUGGAGGGCCCCACUCACAUCAUCUUCUGACAUUGACAGAAGUCCAGGGCCCAGACUGAAGCGGGAACCAGAACCAACAGCCAAAUCAAAUCUGGCAUCCUCACGCCGUGUGUGACGUCAUCACAAUUAAAGCCACGAAGACCGUUGUGUGUUUCAGCCAAGCGUUGCCAACAUUCGAAGUUUUUGGUUCGGUACCGUUACUCACGUUGACGUCACAGGAAGUUCACGGUAGUGCCCAGAGGUGCGAGGAAAACAACUGGAUCACUGCUGGACCUGGACGCCAGAAGGUCCGGUUUCUUUCAGUUUUCGCUGGUUCCGUCGUGGUUCCGGGCGCUUCGGUCUGGAUCAGUCUCGUGCUCCUUACGGAAUCCAGCGUUGGACGCGAACGAGAGGUCCCCGUGCCCCCCACCCCCUCCCCAUCCGUUGUCUCAGCGACGCCAGGCUGCGCUGUCAAACCGCAUGUUCGCGCGCCACCGCUGCGCGAUAGUUACGCAGACAAGAUGGCGGAGGCUAGCGUGCGCGUGUCCGGAAUCGUGUUCACUUCCAUGAUGUACCAGCACGUCAACUGCGACUCGGACGUGGAGGGCUUGAUGGUCGGCCAGGCAACUGUCAGCGAGCAGGUGACCAUCAGCGACUCUCAGACGGACAACAUCCACGUGGAGGAGACCUUCAAUGUCCGGAAGCUGGUCUGCUGCCACCGGCUGCACCAGUUCUACUCCAGCGUGGGCGACGUGGACGUGGAUUCGCUGAAGAAGAUCAUGGCUGAUGAGCGUCUGGAAGAUCUGGUUGGCUGGUACCGACAGCGCCGCAACUCGGAGCAGCAGGUCACUCUGAGAGAGAAGCAGGUCCACGAGAGCCUGAUGAGGGCCACGUCCAACCCCAACAUGGUAUUCAUGCUGCUCACGCCCAGUGAGGUCACGCUAGAGUCCUCAACCCACCGUGUGGAGUACUCAGCCUUCAUCUCUCGCCAGAGCCAGUUUGUGAAUGUUCCCGUGACAAUCCACAACCUCGGGGUGCUGGACCAGCCGCCCUACUGGACUUCAGCUCCAAUGUGUUCAGCUGCGGGCUACAACCGGACCAUUACCAGACACAAGUCCAGGUUCUUCUCAGCACCAGAACACCUGCGGGACGUGAGCGAGAUGAACAGGAUGAACGAGUCUCUGCAGUCAGAGCUGCAGAAUGUGUGUGGCACCGUGGCUGAGAGUGAACAUCGCGUCGGCGCCCUGCAGGUGGAAGUUUCCGAUCUCCGGAGGAAAGUCCGGGAGAAGAAGAGGUUGCAAGUGAAGGAUGCAGAUCUGCCAGUGGAAAAAGGGAAUCGGCUUCUGCAGGAUGCCGUGAGGGCUCUCUUCUUCCCCUCUCCGCUGUACCGCACGCAGACGCUCACACUGGACGGGUCCCCAGUUCCGGAUCAGUCCUGCGGCACUGAGCCGCUGGACCAGGCGGCUCCAGAGACAAACCAAGGCGACCCAGACACAGUGGAUGUGGACUCAGACACCAACAUAGAAGAGAGACUUGGCUCACGAGGACGUCUCAGAUCCUGCAAACGCUCGCUGGUGUCUCCGGCACAGAAGCAGAGAUGUGGCAGGAGAAGAAUCUGAGUCUCAACCGCCUCGUUUCUGAUGUGGACCUUCAUCUGCGGGGUCCUUCUCUGGACACUUAAAUAAAUAAAAGGUUUAAAACUGUAAAUAAAUCAGCUGUUACUCUGACCCAGGACCAAAACCUCCUAGCGGCUGGACCAAAACGCUGCCGGAAGCUAUUAGCUAUUACAGCUAACGAAAGGUAGCUUCAGCAGCUGCUUUCACUCGCUAUAGUAGCAAAAUUCAGAGUCAAGUUCAUCAUCCCUGACGUCAUGAUAUAAGCUCUCUUUAUUGUUUCUACAGGACAGCAAAACUGGAUGAAA